CCACCGCAGAGUCGACGAGCAGCCAUAUCUCUGAAAUUAAGUUAGUUCUCCGAUUACUGCUUUCUUCCUAAGCUUUCAUUCUCUGUACGCGUUGUUCCUCAGUUCAGGCAGAGAUGGCGAUGAUUGCCAGCGUACAAUCCCUGCUUGCAGGUCCGAUGAGCGGCAUUUCUAGCAGAACCAGAGUCGGCCAGUUCUUUCCUGUAAAAUAUGCCCCAGGCUUGCAGAGGAAUCCCGGUGUUCGUGUCCGGUGCAUGGCGGAGGAAGAUAUCGAGAAGGAGCAACCCGCCACUCCCGUAACAACUCCACCAAAGCCCCAGCCGACGCCGUCGCCAGCAGCACCGAAGGUCAGUACAAAAUUCGGCGAUGUGUUCGCAUUCAGUGGACCAGCGCCAGAGAGGAUCAAUGGUAGGUUGGCGAUGAUCGGCUUCGUGGCUGCGAUCGCGAUGGAGCUAUCCAAAGGACAGGACUUGUUCACACAGAUAUCCGACGGCGGGAUCCCGUGGUUCCUAGGAAGCACCGUCGUUCUGUCGCUGGCGUCUUUGAUCCCGUUGUUUAGAGGGGUGUCCGCCGAGUCCAAGUCGGAGGGGCUCAUGACUUCAGACGCCGAGCUUUGGAACGGCAGGUUCGCCAUGCUGGGUCUUAUUGCUUUGGCCUUCACUGAGUACGUCAAGGGCGGGGCCCUCGUGUAAUUAUCUCCUUGAAUGAGGAACCCUUCUGUCGUUUGAGCUUUAUUUUUUUUGAAUCAUGUCGUUUGACCUUUUUAAUUUUUCCUUUUGGUAUUUUCUUUCGUGCUAAAAUAAAAUGUAAUUUUCAUGUUGGGUGUUGUAAGAUAUUAUAUAUUUACUUGAAAUGAAGAAACGAUUAAACUUUAU